UGGCUCUCUCUCUCUCUCUCUGCUCUGCGCUCUGCUCUUUCUCGGUAAAAUACCAAACAGCAACAAGAAUCGUGGAGACCCAGGAGGCGAAGGCGACGACCCCACCGAGAACAGAACAGCGUUAAAAAGCUCUCACUUUGAGACCUCUUCCUCUCUCUCUUGGUGGGUGGGGUUCUUGUUUGGACCUUGAGGCUUGAGCUUCCGGGAGCUGUGGAGGUUCUUGAAAUGGUGCAAGGAGAGAAGCCGGACGGCGGCGGCGGUGGCGGCGCGGCCGUGGAUGGGAGCCUUCCGGGCUUCUCUCCGGCGGCUUCGAGCCCUCGGAUUUUCUGGAAAUCUCGCAAGAGAUCAGUUAGUGGGAAGUUGUUGAACGAGGUAGCAGAUGCUGCUGAUAAACUUCCCGACAAGCAGGAAUAUGUGCCGACAGAUGAGAAUAUGCAAGACUCGAUGCAGAUGCCUCCACUAUCCGAGCGUCGAAAGGCUCUGUUUGAGCCAUUGGAGCCUGUGGGUAGCGCCAAGGGCCGACGGCCAUCAAAUGAGUCUUUGCUGCCACCGCCCGACUUCGAUACUGCGAGCUAUCCACGAGGCUGGCUGAUCGGGAAAAGGCGAAAGCUUGUGAAUGUCGACGUGGUUGAAUCCAUGAGAAGGAUUGCUGUUCAAGAGAUGAACAGAAAGGACAGGGAAAUUGAUGGCCUGAAUGAGCAGUUGGAGGAGGAUGCGCAGUGUCUCGAGCAUCUGCAAGUGCAGCUACUCGAUGAAAAGAGCAAGCGCUCCGAGGUCGAGAGAGAGAAUACGAUGCUGCGGGACCAGAUAUCGAUGCUGAUGAACAUGCUGGACGAAAAUGAAUCGAUGGAAGAUGUGCCCGACGAGCCUUAGACACGGCCAUGUUGGUAAAAACCUGUUCUUUCUUUCAUUCUCUGUUUCAAUUUAAAAGAGUCUAUGAAUAUAAACGUAUGAAAACAGCAAGGCAUAGCUGGACCGUAAGAAUAUGCAUGUUCUUUGAUAUGUUACUUUUCCUCCCAAAAUUCGUUUUAGAGGGUUAGAGACUCCUUUGUUAUCGAGGUAGCUGUGAGUGUCAUUAUCUAUCUGGUAAAGACAAAAAAAAAUAUAGGAAAUUAGCUGAUACCAUGUAAGUGCAGGUUCCUGUUUGUAAUUGAAAUUGAACAUAUCGGGUCUGUAAUACAAAAGUCUGUUGAUAUAAA